GAACGACAUGCGAAGGCUGUGUGGUCUUCUCUCUCGCUCAUGCUCUCGCAUCUUCCAGUGUUGAUUGCCUUUUUCGGAGCUGUAGAAUCUCUACUGUGUAGGCUCGUCUUUUGUUACUUAGCUAAUCAUGGCGCGUACUAAGCAGACUGCUAGGAAGUCGACUGGAGGUAAGGCUCCCCGCAAGCAGCUUGCUACUAAAGCUGCGCGCAAGUCUGCUCCGGCCACCGGCGGUGUGAAGAAACCUCACCGUUACAGGCCUGGUACUGUCGCCCUCCGGGAGAUUCGCAAGUAUCAGAAGUCGACUGAGCUCUUGAUUCGUAAACUUCCCUUCCAGCGAUUAGUUCGUGAGAUCGCUCAGGACUUCAAGACCGAUCUUCGCUUCCAGAGUUCUGCCGUUUUGGCUCUGCAGGAGGCCUCCGAAGCUUACUUGGUUGGUUUGUUCGAGGAUACCAAUUUAUGUGCCAUCCACGCUAAGCGUGUGACCAUCAUGCCUAAGGAUAUCCAGCUUGCUCGCCGUAUCAGGGGAGAACGGGCGUAAUCUUGAGCGUGGCAUCCACCUCCCACUGCAAUGGUGUUUUAUAACACCACA